GGGGAAAUGGUAAACCUGCCAUUCUCUUUUUCCCUGUUUAUCUCUCUUUCCGGUUCGAAGCUGCGUCGCUGUCGUAGGCUUCUUACAGACAGCUAGCAAAAUGAAAUUCAACAAAUGUGUUACCUCGUCCAGAAGGAAGAACAGGAAGAGGCAUUUCAAUGCCCCUUCUCACAUUAGGCGCAAGUUGAUGUCCUCCCCUCUGUCCAAGGAGUUGAAACAAAAAUACAACGUUCGUGCUAUUCCAAUCCGUAAAGACGACGAAGUCCAAGUAGUCCGUGGUCAUUACAAAGGCCAACAGGUUGGCAAAGUAGUCCAAGUUUACAGGAAGAAGUUCGUUGUAUACAUUGAAAGGAUUCAACGUGAAAAAGCUAAUGGCGCCAGUGUUUACGUUGGUAUCCACCCUUCCAAAGUUGUUGUUGUCAAAUUGAAAAUGGACAAGGACCGCAAAAAGAUCAUUGACCGCAGAGCCAAGGGACGUUUGGCUGCAUUGGGCAAAGACAAGGGUAAAUACACCGAAGAAACCGCAUCUGCCGCCGCUGUUGAUGCAUCUUAAUUCUUUGUAUUUUAUAUUAAUACAAUAAAAAAAUAUUUAAUAAAAAAUAAAUAUUAAGUUUAUUAUA